GUGGGGAGAGGGCGUGUGGGGGGUGCUGUGGGGGGAGGUGGGGAGGGUUAGCAGGGUUGUUGAGGGGUCUAGCACGGUGUUCACCCCGCUCGGUGAUGACGAAGACGAGGAGAUGGGCGGAGUGGACGAGGGAGAGGAAGAGGAGAUGCCGGCGUGGACUCAACGCGCCGAGAGCGACGAGGACGAGGGAAGGGUAGUAGACGAUAUCGACGAGGACGAAAAAACGUGGAGAGACCCGAGCGCGCAUAAAGUGCGCAUAGCACUCAAAAGCUGGGUCGGGCGGCUUUCUCUGCAACACUCACGCGCGGCACUUCUGCGAACGACCGACCGCCCCGACCCGCGCACACACCUCCUCAACCUCCUCUCCGCCCUCUCCACGCCCCCCACCCACACCCUCGCAGAACGGCACAACCGCGCCCUCAUCCCCUUCUUCCUCUCCCUCCGCCCUUUACACCUACCCAGGACCCAACUCCAAUCCUGGCUCUCCCUCCUCUCGCACUUCGCCAACCCGCGCGCGUGCGUGCGGAGCGCUGAGCUGCGGGCGCUCUACAUGGCCUUGCUCGCGCAUCCGGACCGGGCGAUUCAGAAGUUGGCGAUGGAGUGCGUGUUGACGUUCAAAGACCCCGCGCUGCUCAAGAAAAAGGACGAGCUCGAGGCGCUGCUGGACGAUACGCGCCGCCGCGAUACGCUGUCGUCCUCGCUCGUACUUUCGGAGUUGCCGGAGGGCGAGAGGGACGUGGUGGCGCCGGUGUUUGUGCGGGUGCUGUUUGGUGUUAUGCGGGAUAAGAAGGGAGGGGGCGCCCGAGGGAGGAGGGGCGGGGUGUUGGGCGCACUGGGACGGUGUGAGGAGGGGGAGCUGGAUUUGCUUGUUAAGUUGAUGGUGGCGCCUUUGUUGGAGAUCGAAGAUGUCGACGCGGUGGAUCUUGAUGCGCUUGACAUGGAGGGGGCAGGGUUUGGGUUGGAAGAGGGUGUGCCGCUUAGGGUGCAGAACGGCUUUCUGCAUACGGUCGGCGAUGUGCUGAAGGCGCUGGGCACGCGGGUGGUGGGGCGGUGGGGCGUGUUGAUCAGGGCCGUCGUUGCGAUCGGGGAGAGGGCGCAGGGUGUUGUCGAACGAUCCGGCGCUUCUACCGUCGAAGAUGUCGAGGACGCCGACAAAGACGACGCCGAGGAAAACGAGGACAAAGAAGACGAGGACGACGAUGCAAAGGAGGACCCAUCGACCUCGAACGCCGACAUACGCACCUCGCGCACCCUCCGCACACACGCCCUCAAACUCCUCGCCUCCUUCCUCCGCUCCUCGCCCUCCCCUUCAGACGCGCCGCCCUUCACAUUCGCCCCCUACACCCCUCUCAUCCUCACCCUCCUCCGCCCGCGCAUCGCGCGCCUCUCGCUCGAAAACGCGCACUCGCCCUCGGCGCUCUUAGCGCUGAUAGUCGCGCUGAGUGAGCGCGAUGAGACGGCGCGCGCAAUCGCGAAGGAGGACGGGUUGUUAGAGGGCGUGUACGCGCUGCUGAGUGCGCAGAGCGCGAAACCGGCCGCGUUGAGGGCUGCGCUGGGCGUAGCGGAGAAUGUGCUGGCGCUUGAAGAUCCGGCGCUCAUAACACCCCAUGUAUCAUCGCUCCUCAGCGGGCUCGGUGCACUUCUCGCACGUACACAGGCUGCUCCGGCGAACGACCGCGACGCCGCGCCGCUCCUCGCGCGCGAGAUCGCGUUACUGGUGUUGUUAGCGCCGUACGCGCACGACGGCGCGCUCGCGAGCAGGCUAAGCGGCAUCCUGAGCCCGCUGUUGCGGAGGCCGAACAGGAUGGUCGGCGAAAAAGCCAAGGGGGAUGUAUUGCGGGUUUUAAGCGCGCUCAUCCCUGUCGCGGCGGGCGAGGGGUGGGAGGGGGGUGAGAGGGAGAAGGUGUUUGAUGCGCUGAGCAGGGCGGUGGGGGGUGUGAGGGGACGGGCGGGGAGGGGGGCGUUGAUGGAUGCUUUUGGCGCUUUUGCAGAGAAGGAAGGGGAGAUGGGGGAGGUGGUGGAGGUGUUGGGCGUGUUGAAUGCGUUUGAUAGGAGGAGGGUGGAUGUGCCGGAUUAUGAUAGGCGGUUGGAGGGGUUUACUCGGCUCAACGAGCAACUGUGGAACCAGCUCUCCGCGCGUCAAUGGAUCCCUAUCUUACACCAACUUCUUCUCGAUGUACAAGACGUCGAGGAGCUCGCUAUACGCGCGAGCGCGGCGCUUGGGAUGAGGCGGUUCGUCGAUGCCGUCGCGGACCACUCAACUCAGGUCGCUGGUCAAGAAGGAGAGGGAGAUGGAGAGGCGUGGACGAGGGAGUUCCAGCGCCGACUUUUACCUGCUCUCAAGCACGGCUUGAGGUCGAGGGCGGAGGCUGUGAGAGGAGAAGUGUUGGGCGUGCUUGCGCAUGCUGUCGAGAAGCUUAGCGAUGUUGUUCCGGGGUUGGAGGACAUGAAGCCCCUCCUCGCAGCCGGCGACACCGAAGCCUCCGUCUUCACCAACCUCUUCCACGUCCAAACCCACCGCCGCACCCGCGCCCUCCUGCGCCUCUCGCACGCCGCACCCACCCUCUCCCCGCGCUCCGCCGCAGAAAUAUGGGCUCCGCUAGCUAGCGGGUUCAUUAGCCCCGACGUGGACCACACGUUGGCGAAUCAGGCGCUGAGCACGCUGGGCGCGCUGGCGGGCGUUAUGGCGUGGGGACCGUAUUUUGGGCUCGUGCAGAGGUGGUUGAGGGCGAGUGGGGAGAAGGGUGUUGGGCAGAGGUUGUGUGUUAGGGCGCUUGUUAGUGUGCUUGAGGGGUUCCAUUUUGCGAUGGCGGAGGAGGUUGGGGAGGAUAAGGCUGAUGCAGAAGUUGUCGACGAGGAAGAUGAGGAGGGUAUUGAGCAGACAGAGAAGGAGAAGGAGAAGUUGACCGUCGACGCCCGUGUUGAAGAUGCGGUUAUGAACAAGCUCCUUCCCACACUCCUCAACCACCUCGAGCGCCGCGAAGAAGCAGACGACGGCGCGCGUCUCCCCGUCGCAGUCGGCAUAGCCCAAGUAGCGAGACGGCUCCCUCCCGCCCAGCGCACUGCACAAGCAACACGCCUCCUCACGCUCCUCGCACAAGUCUUCCGCUCAAAGUCAUCCGAGACGCGCGACCUGGCUCGCGAAACGCUAUGCCGCGUCGUCGUCGCGCUCGGGCCUGCGUACCUCCCCACAGCGCUCUCCGAGCUGCGCGCAGCGCUCGUGCGCGGCCCGCACAUCCAUAUAUGCGCGUAUGUCAUGCACGCGCUGCUCGUGCACGUCACGUCCGGCUCCCACGCCGAAGCAUUCGCCGAUUUGGACGCAUCAGCGCCCGACGCGGCACAUGUAGCCGCCGACGUCGUGUUCGGUGCGCCGGGUCAAGAUGUGCAGGCUGAAGGGUUCAAGACCAAGACGCGCGAAGUACGCUCCAGCGCGUCGAAGGGCCUCGAUACGUUCGCUUUGCUCGCGAAAUAUGUAUCGCCGAACCGCGUGGCUGUGCUUCUCACGCCGUUGAGAGGGGUGAUGCGCGAGACGGCCGCGUUGAAGAGUAUGGGCGCUGUUGAGGAUGUGCUGAGGAGGAUCGCGAGCGGGUUGAACCAGAAUGGACGCGUCGGGGCGGGCGAGAUGCUUUCUCUAUGCCACACCCUGAUCAGCCAGAACGCGAAAUUCUUGCAGGAGGCACCUGUGCGAGAGGCGAAGAAGGGCAAGGGCAAAGGGAAGGGUAGGAAAGGCGUGAAGGAGGAGGGCGCUGAUGCGCUCGUCCAGACGAAACGUGUUGUGGAGAAGGAGGCGGAUCAUUAUGCCACCAACUCGUUCCGCUUCGUCGCGUUUGGACUGGACCUGUUCAACACGGCGUUCAAGCGCGGCCGGUUCGACUUCAGCGACAAACGCACGAUCGCGCGGUUAGAGCCUAUGGUGUCCGUCAUCGGCAACACUCUCUACGCUUCGCAUGCAGCAGUACUCGCUCAGGGUCUCAAAGCCGCAGCAGCCAUUGCGCGCUGUCCGCUCAAGAACGUCGACAAAGCGCUACCGGUAUUUGUCAAUCAAAUGGUGGCUAUCAUAAGGAGCACAGGCAGCACCGACUCCGAGCUCGUCCAAGCGGCACUCAAAACGCUCGCCGGUCUCCUCCGCGACAAGCCCUCCGCGCCCAUCGCCGAACCGGAUCUACUCUUACUACUCCAGCUCAUCGGGCCCGAUCUUGAAGACCCCGAACGACAGACGGCCGUAUUCGCUAUCCUGAGAGCUAUCGUGAGCAGGCGGUUCGUCGUACCGGAGAUAUACGACAUGAUGGACCGCGUGGCGGAAGUGGGCGUGACGAGCCAAAGCUCGAGCGCGCGCGAACAGUGUCGAUCUGUUUUACUUGCUUUCCUGCUCGAUUAUCCUCAGGGCGCUGGCAGGCUGAAGAAGACGAUGGCGUUCCUCGCGAAGAACACGACGUACGCGCACGAGAGCGGGCGCGCGAGUGUGCUGGAGCUGUUGGGCGCGCUGGUGCAGAAGUUCGCGGGAUCGCUGUUGGAGGAGUAUGCGGAUAUGGUGUUCGUUGCGCUCGUCAUGGUGCUUGCAAAUGAUGAUGCUCCCAAGUGUAGGGAGAUGGCGGCGGAGGUUGUUAAGAGUCUGUUGAAGAGGCUCGCUUCCGAGAAGGCGAGGGUUGUGCUUGCGCAUGUACAUGCGUGGGCGGGCAGCCCGCAGCCGGCGCUUGUCAGGGUUGCCUGUCAAGUGUACGGGCUCGUGCUCGAAGCGCUCGGCGCGGACGCGGCGCCGCAUCUUGAUGUACUGCUCGCGGAUCUGAACGCCGCGUUGACGCGUGCUGCGGAUGCUCUCGAGCAUGUAGACGAGGACGAAGACGCGAUGGAGGUUGAGCCAGAGUGGACAGUCCCGUACCACUCGUUGACGGUCCUCGAGAAGACUCUACGCGCUUUCCCGGACAGCAUCCCCCGCGCAUCAUGGAGCGCCAUCAGCGCCCUUCUACUCUUCCCACACGCGUGGGUCCGCGCCGCAUCCGCACGAACACUCGGCAUGCUCUUCGCCGCUGUACCACCAUCCGCUCCUAAACCCGACUUCCCCGCCGAAGACCUCGACCUCCGUGUUCUCGCGGGCGCACUGUGUACGCAGCUCAAGAGUGAGCAUCUGGACGAUGCGCUUAGCUUGCAGAUUGUCAAGAACUUGUUCUGGGUCGGGAAGUGCUUCGCGGCUGUCCCUGAGCCUGCCGCCGCUGUAUCGGGUGCUGCCGAGAGCGUCCAGGAGGAGGAGGGUGCUGGAGAUGAGGCCGAGCCCGGAGAGGAAGAUAGACCAGAUAAUCCGCUGGCCUGGUUGUUCUCUAAGUUGUCCUACCAGGCUCGCGCAGCGCAUAUCGCUCGACGGAAUCGCGUUGCGAACGAGGAGAACUGGUAUCUCCAACCAUCCGCGAUCUUCAAGUGGUUCGCAGCCAUGGCUACCCAUCUGGAUGCGGCGCGGCUCGAGCGAUACCUCAUGCACAUCCUCGCCCCCGUGUACCGUAUUACGGAGGAAAGCGUCAUCAAAGACGCCCAUCUCGAGGAGCUGAAGACCACAGCCAUCGAGUUGCAAGAACUUGUACAGCAGAAGGUCGGUACGACGGCCUUCGCAAACACAUACGCGCGCAUCCGUCAACACGUCCUCGGUGUACAACGCGACAGGCGCACUGCCCGCGCUACGCAGAUCGCGGCAAACCCGGAAGCUGCGGCUAAGCGCCGCGCGCACCGCGCAGACACGAAACGCGAGAGUAAGAAGAGGAAGAACGCCUCGUUUGCGGAUCGGAAGGGGCGGUUGAAGAGGGCUAAGCAAUGA